GUCGCUCACGGCCGUAUGUGGGUACCCUGUGAUUCUGUCUCAGUUGACGCGGGGUGUCAAUUUUCCUCGCGAUCAACUACAUUUCUGUGGCCGGCGCACGUUCACCUUGGGGAGAAGUCCUUAAUUAAAUACUUCUACAUCAUGUACCCCAUGGGCACUCUCAAUGAAACUAUUCGACUUACCAACAAUAAUUUGGCGGCAAGUUCAUUUCGCUCUAUUGGACCAGGUGACUUUUUUCGCUGGAUAGGUAUUCGUUGCGUGAAUACUCCGAGCAACUACGGGGAGAGAUUUCAGAUGACACGGCACUGUUUUGAGCAAAUAAUGUACGCACUUUCAUUUUCCGACAACAACUCGACUAGUGACCCGUGGUACCCGAUACGUCCAUUGAUUCAGGGAUUCAACGAUCAGAGAACCAAGCAUGUUUCUCCUGGAAACAUUAUCGUAGUCGACGAG